CUUAAAAAGGUGCCACGUUCAAUAUUUUAGCACUCAACAUUUGGAAAACGUUACCAUCAAAAGAUUAUACGAAUCCACUGUAGUCUGUAGUGCUUUCAUUGUAAUACACAUCUCUAAUGGAAAUGGAGAGGCUCGUUUUCGUGUGAAGCCAUAUGACAAGAUCAAUAAAACAGGUUCCACAGUGACAUUUGUCUGGAUAUUUGAGGAUACUAAUAAAGAUAUUUUGAGGGGAGAAUUAUUCAGUCACAUUGGUGGGGACAGUUCACUUUUGUUCAAAGUUGAUCCUCAUACCAAGAGUUUUAAAUCAUUUGAUGACAAAACUAGAGUUAACAUCACCUUGGCUGUUCCACUCACUCUUACUACUGUCUCUGUUAAAAUGGUUUUAAAUAAUAUAACUACAGCUGACACGGGUUAUUACAGUUUUAAAGUAUUAAGUCUGGGGAAAGAUGGUCAGUCUAAUACAUCCAAUGUGUCUUUGUAUGUUACUGAAAAGCCGCAUAGUAUGAGCGUUAACAACACUGGCGAUAUUACAAAAGAUAUUGGAGAGUCGUUGUAUGUGAGGUGCCAGGUAUCUGGGGUGCCUACUCCAACGGUGACAUGGAUCAAAGAAACCCGAGAAAUUGCUGUCGGUAAUGGAAUUGCUGUACUUCGUAUAAACAAUAUAACCAAACAACACGAGGGAAGAUACACAUGCAAGGGAAAAAACUCUGAUGGCCAAGUACAGAGUUCCAUAUACAUUAAAAUUAAAAUAAUUUACUUGGACAUGCAUUGCAGUGUACUUCAUUCCAACGGCAACGAUACAGUAUUCGUGAGUUUAAAGGCUGUUGGUGCGCCUGCCCCUGUGUGCAGUUAUAAUAUAACUGGCAAUGAUAGUACGUCUACGGGUAUUAUUGACUGUGAUGGAGGGAUAGUGGAGUUAACCAGAGAUCAUUAUAAUGUCCGUCUUACAGCCAACAAUAGUGCGGGAAUGGAAAAAUCUUGCCAACACACCUUAAAUUUUGAUGAAGGUCCACAAUCUGGUGCAGUUCAGAAAUCACAUUCAAGCAUUUUGUUGACUCUACUGACAGUAUUCUUCUUGCAUCAAUUCAUUUGUGAACCUCAUAAAUAAUGAAUAAUGCCGUGAUAUUAUGUAAAUACUUAUACUUACUACUCAGUACUCAGCAACUCCACUCUUUGUCAUGCACGAGAGCAAGCACUCACCAUCACGAACACUAGUUGAAGCAGUUAUUUAUAGACACAUCACCGGCUGUGCAAGCAUGUAUCCUUGGCCACGACUAACCUACAGCCAGUAUAGGCUAUAAUAGCUGCCAUCUUGGUUGAUACAUACCAUUCAAUACAACGAGAUAUUUUAGGUAUAGAUACUAGAUAGGUAUAUAAUAAACAAAGAAAGAAAAAGUAGAAAUCUACUUUGUAGUGUCUGUCAACCAAGAUGACGCCUUAUGACAGAUUAUGACGUCAUGCAUGCAAACAGAUAACAGAUAAUUGCUUUUAGUUACUUCGGUUCUAUAAUAUGACUGAAUAUGACUGAAUAUGUAGUUCAAACAAGGAUCGAGACUUAGAGAUAACUUUAAAAAUAAAUGUAAAAUGCUAGGUCCCCUCACCACUUACCACCGUAGUUAGUUUUGGUAAUAAUUAUUACUUUGCUUGUUCAGGGUUAGGUUAAGUUCAGGCAACUUUUUUACAUAGUACACAUGCAUUCCCUUUUACUUUUAGAAAUAAGAUAUUUGGUUCUUAUACUAGUUAUGGUUGGAAGAGUUUGAAGAUCAUCUCUCGUCUGAAUUAAAAGUUUUCUGGAAGUAUUUUGCCUCGAAACUUGACUGAAACAUUAAAUACAUUUUCAAAAUGCGCGAGGAAUUUUUGACGCUAGUAUUUUAUGGGCUCAACACAGUGCAACACUGAAAGAGCAGUUAAUCAGAAAUGUAAAGAUUGAUAAUGUCCUUUAU